AUGUCCUCACCAUCCGGAUCAUCUCAAGGCGGGAAGCGCAAGAGAAAUUCCCUUCGCGUCGAAUCCACCACCGACCUUGACAAUGGCAUCCAGACAUCUUCGCGCGAUGCUUCAGGCGAGGAGGGUGACACUACUGCCGCCGAGUCGGGACGCCUUCACGCUCGCGGUUCAGCACCAAUUCCUAAGAGACAACGCUCCAGCUCGAACCGUGAUAAUGCCGUCGACCCCGGUGAGCCCAGCGACACCACCGAGGCCAGCGUCGACAUUGCUGAGCGUGUCGGUCGCAAAGGACGCCAGCCUUCACUGAAGGAGCUCGAGGAGGAGGAGCAACGCCGAAUUGAGGCCAUGCCCCCUCCUCCCAUUGGCAAACUACAAGACCCUGCUGGUGGCUACAAGACGAACCCUCCUCCUGUUGGACGACCUGUCCGUGUCUACGCCGAUGGUGUCUUUGAUCUCUUCCAUCUUGGCCACAUGCGACAACUCGAGCAGGCCAAGAAGGCUUUCCCCGACACAACACUGGUUGUCGGUGUCACAGGCGACCACGAAACACACAAGCGCAAGGGUUUGACCGUCAUGUCUGCCGCUGAGCGUGCUGAGACCCUCCGCCACUGCAAAUGGGUCGAUGAGGUUAUCGAGGACUGCCCAUGGGUUGUGACUCCCGAGUUCCUCGACGAGAACAAGCUCGACUACGUUGCUCACGAUGAUCUUCCCUAUGGUGCUGAUGAGGGUGACGACAUUUACCAGCCCAUCAAGGCUGCUGGCAAGUUCCUUGUUACCCAGCGCACAGAGGGUGUCAGCACCACUGGCCUCAUUACAAGAAUCGUUCGCGACUACGAGAAGUACAUUGCUAGACAGUUCAAGCGUGGUACAUCCCGCCAGGAACUCAACGUCAGCUGGCUCAAGAAGAACGAGCUGGACCUCAAGCGCCACGUCCAGGAUCUGCGAGAGAACAUCACAAACAACUGGUCCACCACUGGCCAAGAACUUGGUCGCGAGCUGAAGCAGUUCUGGCCCGUCAGCCGUCCCCAGAGCCCUGCCCGAUUUAACAGUGCAGGCACCGCUGAGGGUCUGCGUUCCGAGGGACUUCGCUCGCCUACUACCCCUGGUGCUUCUGGUACACCCAAGGAGUUCAUCACUGGUUACGCCCUCGGCCUCGUCGGUGGUGUUCGCGGAUGGAUGACCAAGAGUCGAGGAAACAUGACCGAUAGCAGCCGACCACCCAGCGAUGACGAGUCCGAAGAGAGCGAUGCACACGCCAAGUCACCAAAGGACUCAUCAAAGGACUCGUCAAACACACCCACAGCGGCCGCUUCAUCUAAGCUAUAA